CAGUUUUCACUUUUCAGAACCGAGGAAAGAAGUUAUCAUUAUUUUAUUAUUCGGAUUCGGAAUUUCGAAUGUAACUACAGGACUGUUUAUUUUACGCUUUGGUUUUUAAAAUUUCAACUUGAAUUUCGAAAUUUAUCCGAGCAAAUGGCGACUGAAAAUGCUGACCAACAGCAGGUCGCAUUUUUCGUGAAGGGCCAAAUAUUCGAAGUUGGUCCUCGGUAUUAUGAUUUAGCGUACAUCGGAGAAGGAGCAUACGGGAUGGUCGUAUCGGCCAAAGAUAGAUUAACCGGAUCAAAAGUAGCUAUUAAGAAAAUUUCUCCGUUCGAGCAUCAGACUUACUGUCAGCGGACAUUAAGGGAGAUUAAAAUUUUAACCAGAUUCAAACACGAAAACGUAAUUGAUAUCAGAGACAUUUUACGUGCUGAGACCAUCGACCAAAUGAAGGAUGUUUAUAUUGUCCAAUGCUUAAUGGACACAGACCUGUAUAAAUUAUUAAAAACUCAAAAAUUGUCAAACGACCACAUCUGCUACUUUUUGUAUCAGAUACUUCGAGGAUUGAAGUACAUUCAUUCUGCGAACGUCUUGCAUCGGGAUCUAAAGCCCAGCAAUUUACUUUUAAAUACGACAUGUGAUCUGAAGAUUUGCGAUUUCGGACUAGCCAGAGUUGCAGAUCCCGAGCACGAUCAUACUGGUUUUCUCACCGAAUAUGUUGCUACUCGAUGGUACCGGGCACCCGAGAUAAUGCUGAAUUCUAAGGGCUAUACAAAAUCAAUAGAUAUUUGGUCGGUGGGGUGUAUUUUAGCAGAAAUGUUAUCAAAUCGCCCUCUAUUUCCGGGAAAGCAUUAUUUGGAUCAGUUGAAUCAUAUAUUGGCUAUUCUCGGCUCUCCUUCUCAAGAAGAUCUUGAAUGCAUCAUUAACGAUAAGGCUCGUAGUUACUUGCAGUCAUUGCCGUUCAAGCCAAAAGUUCCUUGGAUUAGACUUUAUCCGAAUGCGGAUGUAAAGGCACUAGAUUUGUUAGACAAAAUGUUGACCUUUAACCCUCACCGAAGAAUCACCGUCGAAGAAGCCCUAGCCCAUCAAUACUUAGAACAGUAUUACGAUCCAGCUGACGAGCCAGUAGCAGAGGAACCAUUUCGAUUCUCGAUGGAAUUAGAUGAUUUGCCGAAAGAAGUGUUGAAAAAGUAUAUAUUCGAAGAAACAGUCCUGUACAGAGACAAAGUGCCUACUGCUUGAGGAUAAAAUGAUCGGGCACAAAGCGAUUUUGAUAUAAACUUACUUUUGAUUUUUUAAAUUUGUGUUGACUUGAUUGGUCUUGCAGGCCGUUUUUAUUUGUAAUGGUUUUAAUUUUACAUUACUAUUUUUAACAUCACUUUAUAUACCAACCCAAUUUUUCUUUUCAUUCUUUCGAAACAAAGCUACAUUAUUUCAAGACUGUACUAGCUUUGAUUUUUUUGCUGCUUUUGUUUAAAAUAAUUUCCUAAAUGAAUCGCGAUUUGAUGUUUUCUUUUUAAGGAAGUCAAAUCUGCAAGGUGCAAAUGCAGAUUUAAUUAAAAAAUACGUGUAAAUUAGUGUUUGAAAGUUACCAUACAUUUUAUUGGUAGUUGGUACCUAUGGUGGAAAAAUCAAAUCUACGCUUUGUAAAUGAUUUUUUCUCAAUUUUAUUCGUCGUAGUUUUUUUUUAUAAAUUUCAAUUCACUUUUCGUUUAUUUAAAAAAAAAGCACUCAUUUCAUUCUGUAUAAAAAGAACAAACUUGAAUUAUGAGUACAUAAGUAUUUUUUUUUUCUAAAUUAGGGAAUGACUUUGAUAACGUUUGAGCAUCGGAGAAUGUUCUUGCUGAUGAUCGUUGUAGUAGGUUUUGGUUUAACGAUUUUUAUUCUCUUUUUUUUUUGUAUGUAAAUGUUUCAAAAUAAAAAAUGAAGGAAGAAAAAAAAAUGAUCCUCUAUAAAUUUGAUCGAUAUUACAUUGCGGUUUUGCGAGUUUGUAUGGCAAUCUUUCAAUUUUUGUUAUAUUUCAAUUUAUUGGCCUACCUCUAACUUUAAAUAAUUUUAUUCUUUUUUAUUUAUACUAUAUAUACAUAUUACCUAUUUGAAUUAUAAUUGUUAAAUUUUUCAUUCUCUCUCUUUUUAAAAAAAAAAAAAAACAUUCGAAUACUUAAUUUUCUGGUUUUUGCAACGAAGGAUAGGGGGAGGAAAGUUACGAAAAUUUCCAAAAUGUUAACUAUUGCGCUUGACUUUUAUCUAGAUAUUAAAAUUUGUUGUAAAUUUUUAGAUUAUUUUCAUACUAUUAAUAGGCACGUCUACGUACGUCGAUGAAUAUAAAAGUAGUAUCUGUGUAAGCUGAGAACGAAAAUGAAAAUCGUUUGAAUGUUUUAUUAUGUAUUUUACAAAUAGUCGUUUAUUCUAAUCAAUGUGUAUCGAGUAUUCAUAGCUGAUUAGUCGCCGAUCUCAAGUUAUACAUUCCAAAUGUGGGUAACCUGGUUUACGAUUUACGAAUGUUGAAACGUUUCUUUAGAUUUGGCGGUGAAUCUGUAUAAUGAGGAAAAAUAUGUCUGUCUAUAUGCUACAUGAAUUUAUGAAUAGUAAGAAAAAUCAUGUUUGAUUAAUAAUCACCGGACUUGGACUUCGUCUCAUUAACCUUAACGUUUUUUUUUUCAAAUUGGCUAUAAUUUUGCAUUGUUUCACCAAUGACAAUCAUUAAAUAUUUUUUGCGUUUGAGAAUGAAAUUGAAAUAAUUACGGACGGGUUAUGAUUAUUAAAGCGUGAAAACUCCUACGAUACCACGAAUCGUUGUGGAAAAUUUAUGAAAUGGUCUUCGAUGAAGAUUUUAGUACAUACAUACCUAUUUAUGGCGACGAGUAAAAUCUAGCCGGGAAAAAUUACGACGAAAAUAGUGCGCUUGAAGUGUUCAUUUGAUAUGAAAUUAGAUCUCUAUGAUGAUAAAUUAUUUAAAAAUAGUUUAAACUGGAAAACAAAAUAUUAAAAUGAUAGAUAUUAAUAUGUUUAGCAUUUGUUAUAAACUUAUUGUCAGUACUUUAGUAUAAUAGUAUAAGUGUUAUAAUCUUUUAACCAUCGUGCAAAUACGAGUCGAGUAUUUUUUUUCUCUAUUAUAUUUUGUUUUAAAUUUACUUGUAAAAAUCAAUUUUUAAUUACAUUUUCAUUUUUUUCUCCUGUUCCAGUAUUAUAUCUAUUUUUUCCCUUCUUUUAAAAAUAUAUCUGUUGUUGUGAAUCGAUA